UCCGAAAUGGGGCGCCAUUUUAUUAACCUUUCAGGCGGGGAGUCGUAAUAACUAAUUUGUUAUUAGUUGAUUGCGGAACACGAGGGAGUGAAGUUGUAUGGAAAGUUAAUGUGCUGGUUGCUGUGUGCUAACAGCAAAUGUAAUUAGAAUAGUAGCAUACGCCUGAAAGUGUUGUUUUUGACUACCGUCAUCUCUGAAUGCCAAUAGGAUUACAGUGGCCAGGAGGAAUAUAAACACACGCAGCAAAGAUUAAAUUAAACAACAGACACACACUACCACCGGCUGUAACGGUUAUGUGCUGUCAUCAUCAUUCAUUCACCAUCUUCACCGUUGCUGGGCUUGGGUGCACAUGAAAAUGUAGUCAACUGCAUGUCAACUAAAUGUGCAUGUGCAUAUCAUUCAUAUUUUGUUGUUUGGCAAUAUUGAUUGUGCAUUGAAGAUAUUCCAUCCAUCAAGAAAGGCCCACCACACAGAAUAAAAACUUAAUGAUAUCAUUGGCGGUAUGGAAGAUGGUUCCGGUGGCGUCUCGUCGUCGUCAUCGGCUGCAGCAGCAGCAGAAACAGCUGUAAAUCAAAAUCAGACAGAACCGAAUAAUGGCAAAACAGUCAUGGCUAACUUUCCAAUUGGCGAUCAGACAAGUUGUUCUAGUCCGCUGAAGGUAAACGGCGACUCGGCUUCCGCUACGACGGUGGUAACACCACCGGACGACGCGAAGGAUACGAAUAGCUCGGAUUGCGACGCCCUGGUGAUCGAUGAACCGCGAUCUCCAACUUUAACGAAGAUUAAAGAGGAACAAAAGGAGGAAGAGGAGGAGGUUGUGGCAGAUGAAAUCCAGGAUCAUCAUCAACAACAAUUUACGCAUACGAAUCCAUACUUCUCGGAGUCGAUUUUCGAAUUGUCCAGUCAGUACAAUAAGCCCAAUCCUCAAGUGGAGGACGAAGAGGACGACGACGAAGAGCUGACCAAGGUCAGUACUACAACCACUACGAUCAGCACGACGACGAAUGGCAAGAAGGUGCCUAGGAAGAAACACAAGCUCAGAGAAUACGCCCAGUAUUUAGGUCUUCAGCCUACCGUUCAGUUCAAAUGCUCUAAGUGUGGCUCGGCCGGUUUUCCGUCAUUGCAAGUCUUGAACGAGCAUCUUGUUAACUGCACAUCGCGCAUCCCAUUGCCGCCCCCUGUGCCAGCCUCUAACAACGCGACCAAUUUCCGUGUUACGCGAAAGGUGUUUCUGUGCUCGGCGUGCGGUACUUACUACGAGAACUGGAAUCUUUUUCUGCACAUGCGAGAGGUGCACAAACGCUUCAUAUGCUUGUAUUGUCUGGGGAUGUUUCCGCAUGCCGAGAAACUGUCACUGCAUUUGGUAUCCAAACACAAUUGUGCUCCGGGACGCUUCGAGACUGUUAAGGACUUUUUUGGCGCUUACAAGGAACCGUGUUUCUUAAUGUGCUGUGACUGUCAGACUGUGUUCAAUGAGCAGGAGGACUUUAGUAAUCACAUUUGCAUCGACAGCAACAACGAACCACCGGGUGAUGAGCUCAAGCAGCAGCGACUACUACCAGUUGUCGAGGAGAACAACAGCAGCACAACUGCCGUCGCGGCGGCGGCGACAACAACAGCUUCGACUAAUUGUGCUAUUAAUGUGAACGAGACAGAAACGACCAUGGUUAUAGAUCAGCAGGCGGAGAGUAGCGAUCAGACGGCGAUGGAGGUAGAUGAAACAAAAGAGGAGGUUGAAAAAGCACCAGAAGUGAUGAACGGUGAUGUGGACAAUAUUUGUGCGGAGGAACGGCCUAAAGUUAAAGACGAGAAAUGUGAUGAAAACGUAGAGGAUGAGGAAGGAGAGGAUGAUAACGCUACUGUUGAAGAUAAUGAUAAUAUCGAAAGAACAGGACCAGAAAACGACGACGUGGAGGAAAACGAAGAAGAAGAUGAUGGUGACAAUCAAGAAGAUAUGGAUGUGGAUGAUGCGGCGAGCGGCAGAUCGUCGCCAGCUGAUGAAGAUGAAGAGGAGGCUGCGAUAUCCCCGCCAGCGUCACCUGGGGAACCGGAACCGGAAGUCUCCGUCACCGAUGAGAGGAAAGUUCCGAAAGUGACACUGAAAUUGCCAAAAAUAACCAACUACAGUUCGAUCGCCGACGACGAGGAAGAGGAGGAGGAGGAAUACGACGACGAAGACGAUCAAAGCGACGACAGCGAGAAAUUGACAAUGGAGGUGGAUAAAUCGGAGGAGCAAAGCGACGUUGAGAUCGGCGGUGAUCCAUCGGUGAACGCGACGCCACGCGACCAAAUGCAGCAACCACCAGAUGAUGAUGAAUUAGAAGACGAUACAGGCGAUCCUCAAGAUCAGUCUCGGAUCAAUGGCGCUGACGAUGAACAAGACGAGAAGAGUGUUGUAGAGGAGGAAAUGCAAAGUGAUCCAAACUCGAUUCCUACUGCCGGAAGUGAUAUUGCCAUAAUAGAAUUAGAGCUGGAGCAACCAUUAGACAAGUUUGAUAUUAGGUUCUUGUUGCAAAAGUGUCUGAAGGCGACGGUAGCCACAUGCUUAUAUUGUAAUCACGCUAGGAGGAUAGCGGUUAAUGGCAAGCAACUUGGAUUGCACGCUAUCUCCGACCAUCGUUUCUCCGCUAUAGUGAAAAGUAUCACGGCUGAAGAAUUGAUACCGGAAAGUUUCAACAAUAGGAUUAAGGAAUGCUUCGGAGAACUAGAGAAUAUCUACUUCAGUCUCGAAUCAACAUUCGGUAAUGAGUGUGUCACUUACUCUCAUAUGUUUGAGUGUUUCCAGUGUCGAUAUAGCACUUCCGUGCAUAAGGAAUUAUACCUGCAUAACAGAAAACUGCACGCGAAGGCCAUACUUCUGUGUACAAUGUGUAAGACUAGUUUCUACAGUUACAGCGAACUUAUAUGCCACCUGUGUCCAGGACUGUAUGUGCUCGAAAGUGAAGUGCAGUUUCGCUGUUGUUUGUGUGUGAGUGAUGACCUUCCAUCCGCUUUCCGGUUGAUGGUGCAUCUCAGGAAGCGGCACCACGUGUGCGACGUCUGUUUAGAGAUGUGCCACAACCAGUCCCGACUCUCGAAUCACAUAUGGAAACACAAGUUACAUCACUUGUGUUACCGCUGUGGCAUCUCUUAUAGAAAUAAACCGGACAUUACGAAGCAUCUAUACUGGAAGCACGGCACGGAGAGUGUGCUGUGUAAGAAAUGCCAGCAGAAGAAGUGGCCGCAUGUUUACCACUUCUGUAUACCGCCGACGAGUUUCACGUGCGAGGAAUGCAAUCUGAGUUUCUCCAAGGCCGUUCGGUUGAUGGUCCAUAAACGACAGCACGAGAACAAUUUCCCGCACGUCUGCGCCGAGGAGGAUUGCACAGAAAAGUUCAUCUCGAAGAAACUCCUCGAAAAGCACUCUCACAAACACAGAGAACCUGUGAAAGAGGAGGAUGAUGUGGAGGACGACGAAGAACCGGAUGUUGGUGGAGCGGAGAAGAGGCCUGGCGACAUUGGUGUCAAGAAUGAAUCUCAAGUUGAAUUAAGGCAGGAUGAGCCUAAGGUUGAGAGCGAAAAUCAAAAAUCGGAAGAGCCGAAUACGAGCGAGGUGCCUAAGCCAACUAAAGUCGACGUCUAUGAUUUACCUGAAUUAAAUCUAUCGGAAAGCGAUAGCAGUGAAUCGGAGGAAGAAGAUAACAAAUCGAAACCUACUACGGAAAUUAACACGACUAAUACCAAAUCUUCUUUUGGCGAUGAUGAUUUGGAUGCCUUGAUAUUGACACCACAAUCUGGGGAGGUGUUGAAAACCGACGAAGAUGGAAAAUUGAACGGACCAGUUCCAAUUUUGGAGAACGUCUGGGACGAUUUUAAAAACUAUCAAGCGAACAUUGCCAAACUUGAUAUUCUUACUGACGUCGGAAAAGAGGAGGAUGACGAUUUGCCAAAGAUAUUGACAGAUAUACCAGAAGUGUUAACAGUGGAGGUGGCAUUGCGCGAUCACGAUUAUUGUGCCCCGACGAUGGACACGCUCAAAGAAGAGGAGGAUAUGUUUGCCAAACCUACAACGUCGGUGGUAGCCGCUGAUACCAGCGCAGAUCAUGAUUAUUGUACCGCGCAGGUGAUGCCCAACCCGGAACCCCCUAAGCCCGAGCCGGAGCAGAAGGGCGGUGCUAUAGCCACGAAGCCACCACCAUCUAGCGACUCCAGCUCGGAUUCGGACUCAUCGAGCUGUACGUGCGGUUCCAACUGCUCGUGCAGUUCUAGCUCAGAUAGUUCCAGUUCUUCCUCAGAUAGCAGCGAAUCCGACAGUUCCAGUGAAGAAGGUCGACGAAGACAACAAGUCAGACGGGAGAGACGGCGACAAAAGAAGACCAAGCAGCAGAAGUCAUCAACGGUCGUACAGGAACAAAAACCUGCAGCCGCUCCGACGACAGUACCAGAAGUGGCGCCAAAACCAAAGGUUGUUGUUCCCAAGAAGGAUAUUCCCAUAAUGGAAUCGGAUCUGGAGACGACGGAAUCAGACACGGAUGAAGAUUUUUACGACAAGGAGCCGCAGAAAUUGGCGAAUAAGAUGCUUGCUGAAAAGCGGGAACGGAUGUUACAGUUGGCCGGCAUCGGACCGUUCAUCAAUGGAUCGAUGAUCGACAGUCGACCUUCAACUCCCAGUUUGCCUCCAGAAGAGGUAAAAGUGAAGAAGUCCAAAUCAAAAUCCAAGAAAAAGAAGAAAAAGAAAAGCUCGCGGCACGAGCAGGAAAAGAAUACUAUGCUGACGCUGACCAUACCGAAGCAUUCGCCGAGUUAUGCCUCCAGCGUUUAUAAUAACAGUAGCCCCAACAUCGUAAGCAUAAAUAACGUGAACAAUUCAAUGAGCGGAGGACACGCGUUGACGGCCGGAGUGCUCAGCGAGACAGAUUCGAAUACACGAGCGUCGAAGCGCAGAAGGGUGCCGAAUAAAUUUUACGGCUAUUCCAGUGAUGAGGAGACCGAGAAGGCUGCCGGGAAUCAAGGAUUCGGCAAUUUCAAAUUUAGAAAAGUGGACCUUCCGUCGCCGGUAGUACCGCCCAUUACAAUCAAGGCUCCGCCCCCACAGACUGUGGAGCCGAUCUCAAUACGGAUGACGCCAAAGUCUGGAGAGAUGCGGGUGCAGCCUUUGAGAUUGCCCUUCCCCAAAAUUGCUCGAACCGGAAUGCCGAGAAUGAGGAAACCUCAGCCGCUCGCCGUCGUUCCUGAUGCGCCUCCUCUACCGCCUGUACAUACGGCUGUCGUAGCUCCAAAUGCUACCGAGAAUUCCGACUCGAACAGCUCCAGCAGCGAGGACGAAACUGUUCCAACAAACGUGGUCAAGGAGCAGCCGGCUCUGUACUGCUACUGCAGGUGUCCCUACGAUGAGGUAUCAGAGAUGAUCGGGUGCGACGCUGACGAUUGCGCCAUUGAGUGGUUUCAUUUUGAGUGUGUCGGAAUUAUGGUGCCACCGAAAGGACAAUGGUACUGCCCAGAUUGCAGGAAAAAGAAGCAGCAACGGAGAGACAUGCAGCACUCUCAAAUGUCCUCUUAAUUCAUGAUUCACAAUUAUAUAAAUAUUACGUAUAUUUACGUUUAUAUUCAAAAAUAUAGGUAUUAAGUUGUUUCUCCGUUUACUACUACUGCUACUUACUACUACUAUUACUAUUGGAUUGCAUGUAUACAACAAUUUGGCAGGCUGAAAGGAAAUCGGCGUUCUUUUUUCGUUAUAUUAUAUACAAUGUAUGUAAAAACGUAAAGAAGUUCUAUUAGAAACUAUAAAACUAAAAAUGGAAUGAAAGAAGCAAAAAAUUUAACAGUACCUGUAUAUA